AUGGGUACAAUGGUUGACGGAAUCUUGGUAAAACGUGACGUCAGGAAUUAUCAUCUUAAUAAAGUUAGGCUAAAUAACGGGUCAAAGAUAUCGUUUCCCGCCUCUCGAGUUGAAACCGGUCUUUAUAAUUAUGAAUUUGAUAUUGUCGAUCUCGAAUCCACAAGCACCUCUAAAUUUGAUAGGAAGUAUAAAGUUGGCAAAUUUCUUGGGAGAGGACAUUUUUCCGAAGUUUACAUGGCAAAAUGUAUUAAGUAUGAUGGAAAAACGUACGCAGUCAAAAUAAUGGAAAAGGUUGUGGAAAAUGAUAAUAUUAAACAAAAAAGGAUGGUCAAUUCCGAAAUUCAAAUCUUAAAUGGUCUGGCACAUAUAUAUGAUGUUUUUGACGAACCCGACAAAAUGUAUCUUGUGAUCGAAUAUGUAGAGGAUGGUGAAUUCUUUGAUUUCUUUAAAAGCCGGAUCCUGUCUGAAAUUGAGAUUCGUAUUAUUUUUAAACAAUUGUUUAGCGCGAUCCAGUAUCUUCAUGAACGAAGAAUAGUGCAUCGAGAUUUAAAACCCGAAAAUAUUUUAAUGCCAAGCAAAGAAGGAUUAAGAAUAAAAGUUACAGAUUUUGGUUUAUCAAAAUUGCUUAAUGUUGAUUUUUCCACCAUGCAAACAAGGUGUGGAACCGUCUCAUACGUCGCUCCCGAAAUUCUCGAAUUAUGCAAAGAUCAAUCGUACACAAAAGAAGUCGAUAUAUGGAGCGCGGGCGUAAUCUUUUAUGCUUGCUUAUGUGGAAAUUUACCUUUUACAAGCGAAAACAAUAGACCUAAUAGCGUGGCGGAAAAAAUCAAAAACGGAAGAUUUCCAACAGAACUUUCUAGAUGGGAAAGAGCCAGUGAAUCAGCAAAAGAUCUAGUCUACGGAAUGCUAAACAAAGAUCCCUUCCAGCGAUUAUCGGCUGAGAAUGCAUUAUGCGGAGAUAUUCCAAAACAAGUACCAUUUUCAUAUCCCCCCCGUCUUCUUGAAUCUAAAAGUUCGAAUGAAACAUCGUCGGCCGAAGAUCUAUUCUAUAGUUGUGAGGGACAAUCAUCUCAAUUGUCUACGAGUUUUAGAUCGUCUUUCGUCUCGGAUUCCGAAACUAUCCGCUCGUAUUCAAGCAUUGAAAAUGAAAUAUCUUCCCCAAGUGAAGGAAGUUAUCGAGGAAGUUAUCGAACGUGA